UUUGACAGAAGCACAUGUUUCUUUGGCUGCGACAAGUUCAAGUGGUCAGCGUGUUGGUCGUACGAAAUUGACCGUAUUUUCCAGUUUCACAGUAUUUUUCGGGUUCGUUUUUGGUUUUGUUUCGUUCGUUGUGCACGAUGGAGAUCGAUGGUGAUAAAGUUCUUCACAAUGUGAGGCAUUUGCAUGAGAAAAUGCAGUGCAAAGAGUUGAGCCCAUUUUCUAGGUUAAGGAAGUUGAACUCACUGCAAAUGGACGAUAUUUGUAAUGUGUUGGGUGAGUUGCUCGAAAAUCAACGCUACACAGAGGAAAUUGGACGCCGGUUCCAGAGCAUGCUGCUGCUGAUUGUGACGCAUGUGUUCGAACGAGAACAAGUCGCCAGUGGCGCAGGGAAAGGUGCUUCCAAGGCAGCAGACGUGGAACCCUAUCGCCGGAAGUGUGUUGCCUUAUCGAAGCUGAUAUUACUGUGUCCUGAUGUGUUGAGGUAUUCAAUGCAGUUUUUCCGCAAUAACCCAUCCCCGUUCGCUCGCACCAUGGACGAUGGUGAUUAUAAACCGAAGGAGAAACAACGCAAACAGCAGCAAAAUGCACAACCGCUGGACGGUUCCAGUUUAGAGAUGAUUAAGGCAUGCUACCGGUAUCUGCUUGCCGAUCCGGUCUACUACCGCUCGGCUUGGAAUUGGUCGGAAUUUUUCGAACAGUUCGAUAGCAGCGGCUGUCCGCGCAAGCGUUACUAUCUGAACCGCAUAAUGGCGAUCGUGGCGGGGAUGCUGCAAACCGACCUAAACACACUGGACGAGGGCAUACCGGUGGAGGUGCUGUUGGAGGAGGAUAGUCGCGUGAGUGCCCAGUUCGUUGCUCAAGCGGAGGAAGAUGAAUCGCACGAAGCAGCACCCAGUGUGGGUAAAAUCGUUUGGCAGUACAAGAGCGACGUCGUUACGAACGUUGGCGACGUACUGUUGCCCAUUUUCGAUAAGGAUAACGUGAGGUUCUAUCAACGAAUGGCGGAGAAGGAGAAGGUCCCGGAACAGCAGCAACCGGGAGCUCCACAGCCGUCCGAGUCAGAUCUGGUGGUGAGCGUGAAUUCCACCAAGCUUAAUCUUCGCAAUCUUGCCCUCGGUGUGUCAUCGGGCAAAGCGAUCUGUCUUUCGGGACCGGUUGGUAGUGGGAAAACGUCGCUGGUGGAACACCUAGCUAAAGCUACCGGCAGAAUGGCGCCGAAGCGAGAUGAUCGCGACAAGCGUCAGGCGUUGCAAGAGGAGACGACCAAGAAACGCAAGCUUACCAAUGGCUCCAAGGUGGCAGAAGCAGACGACGGAAAUGAAACAUUCGAUUACGAUAUUGAUGCACUCAGGAAGAUCGCCCCGAAGAGUGGAUUCUUGCGAGUGCAGCUUGGCGAUCAGACCGAUAGUAAGACGCUGCUGGGGCAGUACCGCUGCACGGACACGCCGGGAGAGUUUGUGUGGCAACCGGGUGUACUUACGCAAGCCGUCAUGUACGGAUACUGGCUGCUGCUAGAGGAUCUGGAUUCUGCCACUCAGGACGUGUGCACGGUGCUGACGAAUCUGCUCGAAAACGGACAUCUAAGCGUUCCCGGGUUCCGUGACUGUGUUCGUGUAAUGCCUGGCUUUCAGCUGUUUGUAACACUGCGCUCCGGAGCUAAAGCCGGCGUAUCGCAGGCACAGUGCAACACGUACAGUUUGCUGGAGAAGUACCUCUAUACCGUCACUAUCGUGCCCCUCUCGCGAAAGGAGCUGUGUGACAUAAUCUGCAUUCGCUACCCGAAGCUACGUACCGUGGCGACACGAAUCGUGGACAUUUAUUUGACCUUCUCCAGCGGAUGCCAUUCCGAGGAGGAUGAUCAAAACUUCACCGCCGAUCAGCUGGCACUGCUGGAGCAGCCACAUUUGCUGGCGGCCAGCGGGGACGGGCUUGCAACCGGUGCGGAGGACACUCUGCCCCGCUUCCAAUCGGAAGGCAGCGAAAAGCUAAGUGCAAUGCAGUUUGGCGCGUCUGGCUCGAACAGACGGCUCGUGUCGACCCGCGAUCUGAUUAAGCUGUGCCGUCGAUCCGAUCCAUCGUUUUCCGCAACCAGCACCGAGUGUGCGUACUUUGUGUUUCAAAACGCUGUCGAUCUGUUCUGCUCGCACAUACCGCAUGGUCCACCGCGAACGAAGCUCGUGACGGGAAUUGGGGGGAAAAUCGGAAUCCUUCCCAGCCGCUGCGAGCAUCUGUGCGCCGAGUACAAGCCAGCAGUGGAAGUGGGAGUGGGCAGCGAAAUUCGUGUCGGGCGUGUGGUGCUCAAGCGUUCGCUACCACCCGAAGCGAACGAUGAAAAUGACGCGGACCGCGGGUUCUUAAACAAGCGGCAAAAGCUGGACCGUAAUGCAUCGUCGCGCGUUAAAACGAUGCAGCACCGCGCAGGGUACGACGAGCCGGCGCCAACAUUUUCCUUCACCCGACCGGCGGCCUGUCUGCUGGAACGAAUCGCCGUUGCCGUCUCGCAGAACGAGCCCGUGCUGCUGGUGGGCGAGACAGGGGUGGGAAAAACGAGCUCGGUGCAGUAUCUGGCCUACCAAACCCACCACAAGCUGGUGGUGGUCAACAUGAACAAUCAAUCGGAUGUGUCGGAUCUGGUCGGUGGCUACAAGCCGGUCGAUUUGGGGUUUGUGGUUACACCGUUGCGCUACGAAUUUGAGCGCCUGUUCCGGCGAUCGUUCAACGCGCAGAAGAAUGAAAAAUUUCUUGCCAAUGUCGCCCAGUGCUAUGGCAGUGGCGAUUACGAUGUGCUGGUGAAGCUGAUGCUGAAAAUAUCGGAAAAAGCAUCGCUCAAGCAGAACGGCCCAGAUAGCAAAUGCGCCAAGGAUAGCGGGCUGGAAAAGGGCGAUGAAAAUGUGCGUGAAAAGUGGAACACUCUGCAAGGGAAGCUCAAGAAAUUGGACGCUCAGCUGAAGAACUCGAUCAACGUGUCGUUCGCCUUCAUUCCGGGUUCGCUCGUCAACUGCAUUCGAAACGGUGACUGGGUACUGCUGGAUGAGAUAAACCUUGCUUCGACGGAAACGCUCGAGUGCCUGUCGACCAUCCUCGAGCCGGACGGAUCCAUCGUGCUGCUGGAGCGUGGCGAUUACACGCCCGUGAAGCGUCACCCCAACUUUCGCAUUUUCGCCUGCAUGAACCCGAGCACGGACGUAGGCAAGAAGGAUCUGCCGGUGGGCAUUCGUAACCGGUUCACCGAGUACUUUGUGGACGAGCUGCUGGCGGAGAACGAUUUGCUUAUUCUGGUGAACGAUUACCUCUCGUCGACGGGCAUUCAGAAGGGGCGCAUCAUGAACACGGUGAAGCUGUACCGGCGGUUGCGUGCGAUGGCACAGCUGGAGCUGAACGAUGGUCUCGGCAAUCGACCCGUGUUUUCACUGCGCACACUGUGCCGUGCACUAUCGAUCUGUGGCAAGAAUUUGUGCGGUACGAUCGAGCGCAACCUGUACGAAGCGUUCUGCAUAAGCUUCCUCACGCAGCUCGAUCUGAAAUCGCACGCGACGGUGCUGCUGUUCAUACGGCAAACGCUGCUGCAGAAGGAUAGCAGUGGCGUUGUGGUGAAAACGCUCGCCCCCAUUCCUCGCCCGAAGGAGAACGCAGAGCGGCAGCUCGAGUUCGAAGGCUACUGGAUCGAGCAGGGUCCGCGCGAGGUGCAGGAAUGUGCGAGCUACAUCCUCACGGACAGUGUGCGCAACAAUCUGCGCGAUUUGGCAAGAAUCAUAUCGAUCGGACGGCUGCCGGUGCUGCUGCAAGGCCCAACAUCGGCCGGCAAGACGAGCCUGAUCGAGUACAUCGCGAAGCGGAGCGGGAAUGUUUGUUUGCGAAUUAACAACCACGAGCACACGGAUCUGCAGGAGUACAUCGGCACGUAUGUGGCUGACGUGACGGGCAAGCUAACGUUCAGGGAGGGCGUGCUGGUGGAGGCGAUGCGCAACGGGUACUGGAUCAUUCUGGACGAGCUAAAUCUGGCCCCGAGCGACAUUCUCGAAGCGCUGAACCGUGUGCUGGACGACAAUCGGGAGCUGUUCAUCCCGGAGACGCAGGUCGUGGUGAAAGCGCACCCCAACUUCAUGCUUUUCGCCACACAGAAUCCACCAGGACUGUACGGUGGCCGGAAGAUGCUGUCGCGUGCGUUCAAAAAUCGCUUCAUAGAGUUGCACUUCUCGGACAUUCCCAAGCCCGAGCUGGAAGUGAUUCUGGAACGCCGUUGCCACAUUCCCCGGUCGUACGCGGUGAAGAUGGUGAGGGUUAUGUCGGAUCUGCAGCUAAAUCGCCGCAGCACAACGGCCAAGCAGAACUUUACGUUGCGUGAUCUGUUCCGAUGGGGCAAUCGGUACACGUAUGCCGAUCCGAAGCUGCUCGAAGAUCGGAGCUACGAUUGGAAUCAGCAUCUGAUCGACGAGGGCUAUCUCGUGCUGUCGUCCAAGGUGCGCAGCUCGUUCGAGACGGAAGUCAUCCGAGAGGCACUGUUUGCGCACUUCCGAAAGCGCGUGGAGGAAGAGUGCCUGUUUAGCUUGUCGCCGGGACGGACGUCGAAGGUCACGCGCUCGAUUCUGGAGCGUGUCAUGGCGAGUGGAGCGGCCGAUGCGAAGGAAGCAGCAGAUGGGGAAGAAAAGCAGCAGCGGCAGCAGGGGCGGCGGCGGCGUGGCGGUGAAGGAAUCGUAUGGACGUUUGAUAUGCGACGUAUGGCCGUACUGACGGCGAAAGCGCUACAGUUUAACGAACCGGUUCUGCUGGUCGGUCCAACGGGCUGUGGCAAAACGACCGUCUGCCAACUGUUGGCCACGCUCGAGCAAAAAACGCUUAGAAUACUGAACUGCCACAUGCACACGGAGGGAGCCGACUUCCUUGGCGGGCUGCGUCCUUACCGAUCGGACCGCGGCGAUGCAGUGGACGAUGAUGCUGGUGCUCCCAAGAAACAUCAGCUCUUCGAAUGGUCCGACGGGCCUCUGGUCCUUUCGAUGCAAGAGGGAGGGUUUUUCCUUGCGGACGAAAUUUCGCUCGCCGAAGAUUCCGUACUUGAGCGGCUGAACUGUUUGCUGGAACCGGAGCGAACGCUUCUGCUGGCGGAGAAGGGUGGCGUGUCGACGGGAGCCAUCGCGGAUGAAGUGUCGAUGGCCAGCAACGAUGGUUUCGUCAUAACCGCUCGCGAUGGUUUCCAGUUUCUGGCCACCAUGAAUCCGGGCGGUGAUUUCGGCAAGAAGGAACUGUCGCCCGCGCUGCGAAAUCGAUUGACGGAGAUAUGGUGCCGGGCGACAGACUCGGAGGACGAUUUGGCACACAUCGCGGAGAACACGUUGCGUCGACAGGUGAUGGAAGCGGGCAGCUCCUUCCCGGCAGCGAACGAUGCCAUGGGCUCGGUGGCUAGGGUGAUUGUGAAGGAGGUGCAGGUGUUGAAACAAUCGAUCGAGAAGCUCAAUUUCAGUAUACGCGACAUCCUGGCGUGGGUUGGCUUUGUGGCCAAGAAUGCAGCACGCGUGGGACUGCCGGAAGCACUCAUCUACGGGCUGGAGACCGUGUUUCUGGACUCGCUCGAGAUGCUGCCGUAUGAAACGUACGAAGAGAUCGUGUCCAUACGGCGCCAGAUGCGUCGUUCGCUGAUGAAGCUGAUGAAGCAGCUGCUCCAGUGGGAUGGCACGAUCAAUAUGAUCGAUUACGAUCAACAGACGGCAGGAUCGGGAGGGCUUUCGGUGAUAACCUCGACGGAAAGCCGUUUCGGUAUCCAUCCUUUCUACAUCGAACUGGACCCAUCGAAUGCGCAACAGGCCAGCAGUCGACGGGGCACGGAUUUCAUGUUCACUGCACCGACCACUCAGCGGAAUCUGUUUCGCUUGCUGUCGGCGCUAAGCCUCGAUAAGGCCAUUCUGCUGGAAGGUCCGCCUGGGGUGGGCAAAACGUCGCUGGUUGAAAGCCUUGCUCGCGCAAUCGGCUACGACGUUGUGCGUAUCAAUCUCUGCGAGCACACCGAUCUGGCGGAUCUUUUCGGGACGGAUCUCCCGGCGGACGACCGAUCGCUUGAGGUGAGCAGCAACGAACGGGCGGAAAGCGGUGCACCGUCCGAUUCUCCUCGCCCAACGCUGGGCUCGUUUGUGUGGCGCGAUGGCCCACUGCUGGCCGCACUGAAAGCCCGUCGCAACACUUGGAUUCUUCUGGACGAGCUGAAUUUGGCACCGCAAAGUGUGCUCGAGGGCUUGAACGCAAUUCUGGACCAUCGCGGGGAGGUGUACAUCGCGGAGUUGAACAAAACCUUCCGGCUGGGCAAGCGAACGAGGAUAUUUGCUGCCCAGAACCCACUGCGACAGGGCGGAGGCCGUAAGGGGUUGCCGCAGUCCUUCCUGAAUCGAUUCACGAAGGUGUACCUGAGGAAGUUGGAGCGGCGAGAUUUACUGCACGUCGUCGGGAGCAAGUAUGGCCAGAAGUUCAACACGCUCGGCGAGCAGCUGCUGAAGGUGGAAGGGUUGUCGCCAUCUUCGGCUGUAAGUUACUUCGACCGGCGGAACACGGAGCGGCAGGAAGGGGUGAGGUUCGAUCUGGCCGAAAGAAUGGUCGCUUUCUCGGAACGGCUAGAGACCGGACUGGCAAGCCUGGAGUUUGGCUACAAAGGUGGCCCAUUCGAGGCGAAUCUUCGCGACAUUCUACGCUGGUGCGAGCUGUUCUUCAGCGAGAGCUGCGGGUUCGUAGUGCCGCAAGCCGACGCCACGACCGACGGCCCGAAGCAGCAGCUGUUGGUGGUGCUUUUCGAAAAGAUGAAACUCGUCUACUACCAACGGAUGCGUGCCGAUCUGGACAAACGGUACAUCGUGACGGCGUUUUCGGAAGUGUUCCACUGCGACGGAGACGAGCUGGAGCGCGUAUCGCAGGACGUUGGUUUGUACUGGACGGAUGACAAGCUGUACCUUGGGGAUAUUGUCCUCCGGAAGGGCGGCUACCAUUCGCUGGAAGGCGCCGAAGAGCUGCCGCUAGCUGCAGGCAAACAACCGUCAUUGGCCGGUGCUGCCGGAGCCAAUUCGACGCUGGUUCUUGCCAGCCAGCUGGAACUGCUGAAAAGUGUGGCGGAGUGUGUGCAGCUCGAGAAACCGGUCAUCCUGUGCGGUCCAGGUGAUUGCGGUAAGACGAAAGUGAUCGCACUACAUUCGGCGCUGGCCGACGCCUUCUACCAGGUGGACACGAUAGACGACACGGUAACCGGGAGCUUUCAGCAGUUUGAUUUCAAUCGACAUCUGGAGCAGAUGGCCGCCCUGGUGGAGACUGCGCUGCGGAAAAGGGUAAAGGAGUUGCUGUUGCGAGACGGUUCCGGGAGAGGAGCUGUGCUGUCCUUGCUGGAAUGUUGGGAGAAGUACGAACAUCUGAGCCAAGGUGCUGCUGCCUUCACCUCCAACAUUACCAGCCCGCUGCAGACCGGUGAGAUGGUGCUGUUCCGAAAACGUCUCAGCGCCCUGCAGAAGGUGAUCUCCGCGCUUGUCGUGCAGUACGGCGCAUCGAACACCGCAAUCAACCGACUGAAGCGAAUGUUCGGCGUGCUGGAAAAGUUGGACUAUCUCUCCCGGCAGGUGCAGACACUCAAUACCGGUGGCCAUUUUGAGUGGGUCGAUUCGAAGGUGGUGAAAUGUCUUCGCACCGGACAACACAUCUGUCUCGAGCACGUGAACCUCUGCUCGUCCGCCGUGCUUGACCGGCUAAACCCCGUGUUCGAACCGAACGGUGCACUCAUGAUAUCGGAGAAAGGAACGGUCCGGACGGAAGAUGCCGCCAGCGACGAAACGACGGCGGAAGUGGUGGCAAGACAUCCGAACUUCCAAGCCUUCCUUACCUUGGAUCCGAAGCAUGGAGAAAUCUCGCGUGCGAUGAGGAAUCGCUGCAUCGAGCUGGCCUUUGCAAAUCGAGACGCGUACGAGGAGGACGAUUUGCGGCGGCUUGUAUUUGCGAAUGGAAUCCGCGAACCGUAUCUCAUCGAGGCAUGCCUCUCGAUCCACACGGAGCUGAGGAAAAGUGCGGGCCAGUCGGAGCAGUUUAGCCCGUUCGGAGUGGCGCACCUGGUACGGUUCGCUCAGCUUAUGGCACAGAAUCUACAGAGGCAGGGAAUGAAUCGUAGCGUCGACUGUCUGAAGCUGAGUGCGAUGGACGUGUACGUGCGGCCGUCCAACGUGGAUCUGCUGGGCUAUGGAUUGGAUUACUAUCGGAACGCGCUGAAGGAGACGAUCGAGCAGGUGCUCGAAACGGUCACGGUGCGGAAGAGUGCGGUGCGCUUUGCAAACGUUACCCUUCACGCCGGUAGUCUGACAAAACUGGCCCGUGUUAAGCUGCAGGCAGAACCCUUCCUAGCACUGCUGCGUGGUUACAUCGAAGGGUUGGACGGCGCUAGAGUGCUGGCAGAUAUAUCGCGUGGAUUCGAAUCGUUUGGCGAUCAGGUGAGCAGCAACGGCCUAAAGUAUCUGCUGUACUUCUUGUACGAAAUCAGUUCGCGAGCUGACAUCGAACUGCGUGCAGCCUAUCUGCGGACAGCCAUCGGCGAUGCAGUUGGCGAGAAAAAGGAAGUCGAUAAACAGGAGCUACGUCCAGCUGCAAACGGAGCUGGUAUUCAGGUAGAUGUUACCGGAAUGGAUGGGAAAGGCGAUGAAGGAAAGCACAAACGGGACUGGGAUGCAGCACCAGCAUCAUCCGGCAUAAAGUUCCCGCUGCAACCCGCAAGUUCGACGAGGAAGGCAAAGUUUAAAGCAGAACCGGAAGAAAUCGUAGUGCCGGCGGAAGUGCAUGUGAGUAAGGAGCUGAUCGGCAAGCUGAAUGAAGUGCUGUGUGCGGUUGUGCAGCAGCAAGUACCGCAAUCCGCAGCCACGGGAGAUCUGCCCUGGAAUCGGAUCCUGUUCCCAAGGAUCCGAGAUUAUCAGACCAUCAGCAGCAGCACGCUCGAUCCGCGGAAGGUGAGCAGCGAGCUACUGCUGAACACGAUUCUCUCACCAGUCGAAACAGGCGCGGUAACAAAGCUGAGCCAGAUCGAUCUACUCUCCUACUCGAAGGCGGUGAACGACAAGCUGAUCAACGACGGCAUUGGCAACGGAUUGCUGCUGAUGCUGCACGCAUUCCUCACCCACUACCGGCCGAUGGUUGUGCAAACGUUGAGCAAACUGCCGAUGAGUGACGAGCUGUACGUGCGCUUGAUCCUCUCCACCCAAUGGAUCAAUCGACUGAUUGAGCUUUCCCAUCGAAGGAUGUACGAAAACAAGGAGCUAAAGGUUGGUUUGCUGGAUAGUCUUACGCUCCACUUCCAGUGGGUCGAAAAGCACUGCUUAAGUCUGCUCGAGCACGGAUCGAACAGCGAUGGCGACGGUGUGCGUGAAGCUCUACGCCAAUCCAUCACGGAGCUAACCCAUCCGCUACUUGCGAUCCGGAAGGUGUACGGAAAACGGUUCCUCGACUACUUGCCACUGUACACCGCCGAACAGGUGGACAAGACUGUGAAGUUUGCGAACCUUGCCGAUGGAAUGCGAUUGGUACCGAGGCUGAGCAAACGCCACACGUACGAGCAGUUUGUGCGACGCGUGGCGGUAGUGAAUAGUGCGAAAACGGUCGAUCUGAAGCGAACGCUGUUAGCGCUGAUGUUUGAGCGUCGUGAUCACGGUUGGGCGGUUGAACAGGAGGAAGACGAUACGAAUGCCGACGAGCUGGCAGCGCUUGAACCGGCGGGAAAGGAACCACUGAAGCGAUACUAUCAAUUGAUCAUGUCCCAACGCGGUGCACAAGGGGAAGAAAUUAGGGAAGACAGCUGGAAGCACAUCAUCGAUGCGAUUUCUGCAUACGAAAAGGAGGCGAAAGCGUUACCCCAACCGGAAUGCCUGCCCACGGCAAGCCGAUACGAGCUGGAACGGUUGCCGCUGCUCGAGUACUUCGUGUACAAGGUGUUGCUAGCGUCACGGGCCCGCAAUCAGCAGCCCAACAUUCGGAUGGAUUUUGCGCUUGCCGUGCGUUCGCUGGGAAUCGAUGCACUCGGUGCGAUCAGGUCACAAGCCGAGGCAGAGCAUCGUGUAGCGCUCGGCGCGUUCCGGUCGUUGCUAGCGUUGAUGGACGGGGUGCCAUUUGAGCAGCUGUUGGCGAUUGUUCCGCCCCAGCUGUAUCGCACUAUCAGCACUUACUGGCACACAUUCUGUAGCGCGCUGGAGCGGCUCGAACUAAGCUCACUGGCCGUUCAGCGCAACGUUUGCCAUAAUGUCGAAAGCGCGGAAGCUUACGAGACGCACCACAACAACCAUGAGCCGGAUGCGGCCGACAAGGUUACGAGCAGCUUCCGGGGCGCCCUGCUCACGACGGCCUGUUUGUCGAUCGUUUUAGGCAAGGGUUCGGCCGGAUUCCGAGUGACGGGGCUGGGUGAGCUACCCGACUGGCGUCAUACGCUGGGGACAAUCGCUACCAUUCUGUGGGGCAACUCUCGUGUGCUUGCCAGAGACUUUCGUGCGGAAAGCAGUCAUCUGCAGGUGGCUAGUGUUGCGGCCGGCAAGCUGUUAAAGGAGCUCGAUUAUAUUGUGCGGCAGCAGGACAGUAGUAGUGUGGCGAGCGAUGGGACGCAUCCGUUUGUAAAUGAUUUCCUCGCCAUCGUGCAACUGUUGCGCCAGUAUCACGAGCAAGCAGCACAACAGCAGCAGCCACCGUACGCAGACGAUCGUGAUCGUGAGUGGCGGACGGCGUCUCUACUGCGCACGCUUACCGGCACGCUGGAGAUGAAUUUGUACGUAUUUCUGCCGCUGCUCGAUCCGGUCGAAAAGAGCCGCCUCAAGAAGCGGUACCUCCUGGAAGACGUUGAGCUGCUGGAGCUGCUAGUCCGCACGUACGAUUGCAUGUCCGUGACGAUGAACUAUCGUCGGCUGGGCGAACACAAUCGUCGCCUGUUUCUCGGUGAGAUUGAAAGGUUGAAGGCCAAGGAGCAACAUUUGAAGCGCAAGGUAGCGCUGCGCCCGGAGGACGGCGCGCUGUACGCGGAGCUGGUGCGCGAUGUGAACCAUUUCCUGCUGUCCUGCUGUCAUCCGGCCACGAUGGCAAACCUGCUGAAAUCGAUCGUCCAGUGUCUCGAUUACGCCGUGGACAUGCAGAGUGCGGUCAACAAUCGGAACCACACGCAAUCCUUCCUGCUGAAGGUGUCCGAGCUGGUAACGCAGAUCGAUGUGUGGAACGACAUCGCGGUCCAGUUCGAGCAUCACACGCUGAAGCGUUACGAUCCUUACUAUCGCGACUUUUUGGCCCCGUUGUGCAACUCGAUCGCCACGUUCCGGUACGGGCUGAACGGGCUGCGCCACUGUCUGUCUGCCAGGCGGGUCACGAUCGAGCAGAAAGCGAAUGGAGCGUAUUACGAUCUAAGCGAGGGUCGGGCGCUGAGCAAGCUGCUGACCAAGUUCGUACAGUUCCCGUGCGCGAACCCGCUCGAACUGUUUGACGAUCGCCAUAAGGUGAACAUCUACUCGGUGAUGGAAAGGCUGGUCCAGCCGGAGCAAUCCUACUUCCGGCUGUUGAAGGCGCGCCUGCAGGAGGUGUCGAACAAGAUAAUGGUCGAGCGAGCUGUUGGCAAGCGAUCGUUUGCCGAGCUCGACCGUAUCGUGAACGUUUGCAACCAGGUGUGGCAGAAGCAGGAACAUGUGCGUCGGAAGCGGCAGGCGGAAGAGGACAGCCUAUAUCUGACCAAGUCGCACUGCGAGGAAGAGAGCGAGGACGUGAUUGCGCAGCGCGAGAUUAGCGAAAUGUUCCCCAACUACGUCGAUGAGGACUUUGCGGAGUUUACAAACGAUACGCUGGAGCAGAUCAUCAGGGCACCGGUGCGGAAGGAGAAACCGGCCGAUACGAUAGGCGACGAGGAUUAUGCGCUGAUUUGCGAGAGUUUCAUCAUGCUGAUGGCAAGGUACACGCGAUCGUGCUACUACCAUCCGGAUGUGAACGGGGUGGCUGGCGGGGAGGGCGGAACCGUGUCCAUGGACUUUGUGAAGCCUUUCGAGACGAAGCUGGAGAUUUUCAAUCAAAUCGUGCAAAGGUACGAACCCGCGAUCGGCAGCGAGUUCGAUGAAGUGGCGUACGGCGCGUUGAGUUUGGCGGUCGGAUUGCUGCAGGAGCGGUACGACGAUCGGCUGGAGGUGGGUCAGAUCGAGCGCAAAACCAAGGGAGGCUCCUAUCUGUCCACGAGCUACAAUUUCUACACCGAUGCCAACAUCCCGGAGGUGUUGCAGUGCGUGAAGGUGUUGAAGCUCGUCGAAAAACGCGUUCAGGAACUGUUGCGGGAGUGGCCCGAUCAUGCGGUGCUGCUGGACAUCCUGAUGAUCAUGCAGCGCAUUCUCGGCCUACCAUCGACCGCACCGAUUGUGCGAUUCAGUACGGGGCUGCAACUGUUGCGGCAAAAGCUGGACGAGUGGAAUGCCGUCGCUCACCGGGGCAACAAUAUGCGCGAGCUGGAGCGCGAAGUGGUGGAAUACAUCCAUCGCUGGAUGCGGAUGGAGCUACAGUACUGGCGCGAAUGUUUGUCCCGCACGCUGGAACACGUGCGGUCCAAGGCUUACCGGUACUGGUUCUUCAUGUACAAUCUGCUGCACGAGUACCUGCAAGCGGGAGCGACGCGCAAGGGCAAACUGACCCAUCUGCUUGACUACAGCAAGGUGGAAAAGUGUUACGGCGAGCAGGAGCUGCUGGACGAGGACGAGGCGGAGGGUGCGGACGAUUCGGAGGACUCUGCGGCCGGCGUAACGAUCGGGGAUGUCAUUCGGGUGUUGAAGCAGUUCAUGGAGUCAUCGAACUAUGCCGAGUAUGGUUUGCGAUUGCGUGUGAUGAAGUCGUUCGAGCAGUACCUGCACUAUCUGGACGAGGAACGCUUCGGUUGCGACAAGGCGAAGCGCGAUACGCUAAUCGCUGCGCUCUACAACAUUCACCUGUACUUCGAUCAGUUCGCGGACGAGAUUGAGGAGCACAUCCGCACGAAGCGAGCCCCGAUAGAGAAGAAGCUGAAGGACUUCGUAAAGAUAGAAUCCUUCAAUAAGGACCUGUCGUACUUUAGCAUGCGCAACAACAUCGCGCGCGUGCACCGCCAGCUGCACAAGUUCCUGAAGGAGUUUGAGACGGAACUUGCUGCCCGCGUCGCGACCGUCUUCUCGCCCAAAGAUCCGGCCAAGGAGAUCAACGAUGCCGACGAGCAGAAGGUGAAGGUGUUGCGGUCCGAGGCGAAAGUGACGUACUACAUGGUGGAUGUGAAGAGCUUCAUGGCUCCGAGGAAGCUGAUGGAUCGGUUUUCGGUUGCGGAUGAUGCAGCCGGCGCAGCGGCUAUGAAUACGAGCGGCGCCAGUCAGCCCGGGUCUGUGCAGCUGUUCCAGAAAAUCGAUCGCUUCUUCUCGACCGCCCGUAACGUGUGUCGGGAGGCGAUCCUUCACGCACCGUUCCCUGGGCUGGUGUACGGUUUGGACAGCUUUAUGCACGAGCAGAUAGAAACGAUCGAGUACCUGCGGGGCCUGGAGGUGGAUCGUACCCAACCGCGCCCGAAACAGAAGUCUCAAGCAAAGCAAAUAUUGAACCAGAAGCGGAAGGCGCUGGCGGACUUUUACAAAACGCUUACCGUGCUGGGGCUGAGCUACCGGACAGGGUUGGUGGAGGCAGCGAUUGGAGGUGCUGAUCCGGUGGAUCCGACGAUACAACCCUUCAGCCUGGAGCUGUUGACGCACGCUUCCAAGUAUCGGAAGGUGGAUCAGCACAUCGUGUUCCUGAACGACAAGCUCAACCUGUACUACGCCAAGUGCGUGUUCAAAAUCAAACUGUUGGCGAAGGUUAUGAUGCAGCCGGACGGCGAUAUUGCUGGUCCGAUCAAUGUGGAUCGCAUCAAGGGCUUCUCGAUCGACAUGUUCCUGUUGGUGCAGAACCAACGCAAGGCCUUAUCGGAGAUGGUUGCCAACGUGUUCCAGUUGCGUGAGCUAAUUGCGAACCUUUACCAGCUAAGCACAUGCCUGGAGGAGGAGCGGUCGAAAGAUGAUGAUGAUGGCCUACGGUUCCGUGCAUAUCGCCAGCGGUUGGAGGUAGUGCGACGAUGCGCUCUGGAUGCCCGUCUGGUGCUGGAACAGUUCCAGAUGCUGCUUGCUUCGGCACCAAAUCAAACGGACGACGAGCUGCAGUUGCUUGAGACGAGUCCGCCGCUCGGUGCACCGGAAGGAUGUUUCUAUCGGGAGUCGGAAGAGUUUGGUAGGAUUGCUAAGCUGUCGCAGGACGCACUCAAACGGACGGUUGAGUUGAACGAAGAGCUUGCAAAGGUUGCCAACGAUUCUUACUGUAUGCGUGACCAGAUUGUGACUCUCGAGAGCAAGUUGGCGGAUGUAAGGGAGAAACUCAAUUCGUUGACGGAUGCAUUCAAAUUCUCCAACGCUGCUGGUGAUGAUGGGCCGGCUAGUUGUUCCGUGUAUGGCCAAUCGAUAGUGGAGUUACUGCAACGCUUUGAGCACAUCGUCGCUGUGGAGAGCUCAUUCGACGAGGAGAGUGUGAACAAUGAGAUCGAGAACAUUAUCCACUCUCUGCUGAUAGCUAUGCAAACGAUCUACAAGAAAUAUUCGGAAAUAGCGCCCGAACCUGAGUGUAAGGAGAAUGGACAACCAGCCAACGGUGCGAACACUGACGGCAACGAGGCUGAAGACGGCGAAGACGGCGAAGACGAAUCGGACCAAUACAACCUGCAGGAGCAACACCUGAAGCAAAAGAUCAACGCCGACCUGCUGGGUGACUUGAAAACGCUAAACAUUUCAAGAGUAGUGGGAAAACUAAGCAGCUUGUUGGUACAGCUGGAGCAAACUCAGGAUGCAACUGGUGCCGACGACAGUGCCCGGUUGCGCACGCUGAUCGUAAAGCUCACGCGACUGGUACCGAUUCUCGAACAGUACAAUCUGCUCGUCGAAUACUAUCUCAUACAGCAGCUGGGCGCACAUAAAAUCUGCACCAAAAUGCUGUCCGUUAUGCUGACCGUCUUUAUCGAGCUGGGCACGAAGGGCUUCUGCGUGCCGAAAGACUUGCUGGGAGACGAGGCGAAGGAACAGAACGGCGACCAGGAAAACGGUGAUGGUGAUCAGGGCGAAAAGUUUGGCUUCGAAGAUGGCGAAGGUGAGAAGGAUGCGUCGCACAAGAUCGAAUCGGAAGAUCAGCUGGACGAUGCCCGAAAGCCGGGCUCGGAGAAGGAAAAGCAGGACGAGGAGAAGGACAAUAAGGAGGAAAAGGGAAUCGACAUGAGCGAGGAUUUCGAUUCCAAGCUGCAAGAUAUGGAGCGCCCGGAGGGUUCCGAUUCGGAGGAGGAAAAGGAUGAAGACGAGGAGAUUGACAAGCAGAUGGGCGAAACGGAGGAGGGUGCGGAAAAGCUGGACGAUCAGAUCUGGGGCGACGAUGAAGAAAAGCCGGAAGAGGAGGAAAAUGAUAACAGCAUGGAGGAGGAGGAAGAUGGGGCUGGGGCAAACGAGAAGGACGAGCGGCACAAUGAUCUGGGCUCGGAGAAGGACAAGCAGCAGCAGGGCGAUGACACUCAGCAGGAGGAUGGAAUGGACGCGAUCGAUCAGGAACCGGUGAAGGACGAUAAGAAAAAGCGAAAACCGAAAGACAUCAACGAUAUGAACGAGAACGAGGGCCAGGAGGAGGAGGAGCAGGAGAAUCCUUACCACAACGAGCUGGAAGAACCGCCGGAGCCGGAAGAGCUCGAUCUGGAUGAGGAUGUCAAUUUGGAUGGCAACGAGAGGCAGAAGGAUGGCAAUGAUGAAGAGCAGGAAAAUCCGUUCGACAUCGAUGCAAUGAAGGCGGACGGCGCCGAGCAGGAGGAUGAGGAGGAACAGGAGGACGAGAAGGGCGAAGAAGAUAAAGCGGAUAAUCCGGCGAACGAAAAUGGUGUCGAUUCUUCGGACGAGGAGGAAGACCCGGACGCUGCCGACAAGCAUGCCGAUGAGCCUCCCGCGCCGGAAGAAGAUCCGAACAAGGACAAUGCCGAGCAGCAAGUUCCGGGCGAAGAAGAAAGGAAGGACGAACAACCCGAAGGGGGCGAAGAGGACGAGAAGCAGGAAGACGAGCAGCAGAAAAAGCGAGCAGCAGAAAAUGAGGAACAUCACGAGGCGCGCGACAAGCGCACGGAGGAGGAUCGUGUCGAAGCGAUGCCAGAUGCAGAGAACAAAGGUACGAGCGAUCAGGUGGCCAACGAUAAGCCGGAAGCGAAACAGGAGCACGAGCUCGACGAGCAGGACACCGGUGAGGAUAAGGAGGGUGUCGGGCAGGCUGAAAAUGAGCAAUCCGACAAGGGUCACCGCGGUAUUGCGGAGUCGAAGGAAACGCGCACCCGUAACGAUGAGCAAAAGGAGCGCCAGGAGCAGAAGCAGCAGCGCCGCAAGCAGGGUCACACGGAUGACGAUCGUUCGCUGGGUGAUCCCGAUCGGGCGGAGAAGAAGCGACUGAAAACGGUCGAUCAACUGAAUCGAGACGAGCGGCCGGAACAGGAAGAGGAGGAGUUGGACAAGGAGGAAGACGAGAAGGAGGAGAACUCGAAAGACGAUGAGUUCCAGCACGUUAAGGAUGCAAAGAGUAGCGAUAAAACUAUCAUGGAUAACGCAACGGAGGAGCAAUCGAAGCAGGUUCAGCAUCAGGAAAAGAAGCAGGAAGAGGCCAAGGAAGGUAAGGAGGAGGAUGAGGAGGAGGAGGAGGGUGCCGACCAGCUGAUGGAGGAGGAUGAACCACCGCAAGACGAGGAGCUGGAAGAGGCGGAGCUUUUGGAGAGUGAGAAAAACGAAAACAAAAAAGAUAAACCGGCCAAAAAGGAUCCAAACACGAUGAAGGAAAGGAUGGAAACGGAGACGAACGCGGAAGUGGAGGGAGAAAUAGUUCCCACGGCGAUGGUGGCGCGCGGGGACGACACGGUUGCGCACACGAUAUUCGAGAUCCUGCACGAUAUAACGCUCCCCGAUGAGCCGAGUACGUCCGAGCAGCUCGAGAUGCGCAAGAUGGUCGAAUCGGAAAUGCAGUCGUCCAUUCUGCAGGACGGUGCCGGUGAUCAUGAAGCGUUCGAGCGGUGGCAGCAGAUAUCCCACAAGAUGCUGCCCAGUGCGCGCGAUCUUUGCGAGCAGCUGCGGUUGAUCCUGGAACCGACGAAAUGCACCCGGUUGAAGGGAGACUAUCGCACGGGUCGUAGGAUAAACAUGAAGAAAAUCAUCCCCUACAUAGCGUCCCAGUUCCGCAAGGACAAGAUCUGGUUGCGCCGUACGAAGCCCGCGCAGCGCGACUACAAGAUUACGAUCGCGAUCGACGAUUCGAAAUCGAUGGACCACAACAAUUCCAAGGAUCUGACGCUGCAGGCGAUUUCGUUGGUGUCGCAAGCGCUCUCACUGCUCGAGAGCGGCCGCUUGAACGUGAUGUCGUUCGGCGAGAAGCCGCGGAUACUGUUGAAGCAUUCGGAUCAGUUUGAUGGUCCGAAGCUGAUCAGUGCGCUGAACUUUGCGCAGAACCAGAGCCGCAUCGCGGAACUGCUCAAGUUUGUGCGAACGUUCAGCGCGGAGGAUGGGUCGGGCUCGGACAAUGGAGUGUUCGAGCAUUUGCUGCUGGUACUGAGCGACGGGCGGAAUAUCUACAGCGAAGGCGAGAAGGAGGUGAAGAAUGCGGUGAAGCUGGCCCGACUGCAAAGGAUCUUCAUCGUGUACAUUAUCAUUGAUAAUCCGGACAACAACCAUUCAAUAAUGGAUGUGCGGGUGCCUCUCUUCACGGCGGACAGUUCGCAGAUUAUCAUGCAGUCGUACCUGGACGUUUUCCCGUUCCCGUACUACGUGAUCGUGAGGGAUUUGGGCCAGCUUCCAAUGGUGUUGAGCGAUGCGAUGAGACAGUGGUUCGAAUUAGUAAAUAGCGAGCAGUAAGCUAUUUACUCGAUGGUGCUGGGGAUAGUUUUAAGUAAAACGUUGCUUAUGUUAAUAUGCACGGCAGGACUGUCCGUGGACGGCCUAGUAAGGGAGCCUGUAAGGGCGGGCCAAGACCUAUUGAGCUUGAAGAGUCAAAGCAGAGAAAAUAUGUACGAUGAAUAUCGUAUAAAUAAAUCAGUAGCAUAAAAUUUAAGCA